CCGAAUAAACUUUAAAACCCGGGUGCGUGAAUCACACUUUUCAGAAAACCAACGACCGUUCCACCCGGUCACUGACAGGUGGGGCCACAAAAGUCUCGCGUCCGGGUUGGAUAGGCGGGUAGGUGGGGGGUGGGUACGUGAACCUCAUCCCCUUCUGCCUACCCACUCACUGUCUUCCCUCGCCGGCCGUCCUCAGCUAGCGCCCACCAAAGGAGAUUGUUGAACAACCGUGGAUAUCACUGAGGCUGAACACGCCCACCCGAGCCAACUAGGAAAUUUUUCGAUAGAAUUUUGAUAAACCCCCAUAUAAUGGAGCAAACGUCGAGCGGGGAGCUAGCAAUUAUAACGUACAACGCCGACGAGAGAGCCGUAGAUAAAGAAGACCCCCAUCGAGAAACCCCCAGUCAAGAACCUUCAGUAGGAAUGGCGUUCGAAAGCCAUGAAGAAGUUUACCAAUUCUACAAGGAGUACGGAAAGCAAAAGGGGUUUGGGGUAAUGAUCAAGCACUCGAACAAGAGAGCAGAUGGGAGAUGUCGCCGUCUAGUUCUUUCCUGUUGUAAGGGAGGUAAAGCGCCUGAUGAGCCAAGUAGGCCUUCGGCAAAAACAGACUGCGGAGCUAAGAUUAUAGCGAAAUUGUGGGCCGAUGGGCUUUUGCAUUUGAUAGAGGUUGAUAAUGAGCAUAAUCAUCCUGUUAGCCCUUUGCACGCUCAUUCUGUUCGGUACAGUGAGAAGUUACCUAAUGGAGGGAGAAAGCGAAGGAAACAUAAUCAUGAAUCGGGGGUAAAUUCGGUUCACCUGUAUCCUUCGGUUAUUGUUCAAGGAGGGGGAUAUGAGAAUUUGGUAUUUGGGCAAAAGGGAAGAGAGAUAAUGGGAGGAGUAGUUUGGGGAACCAAGCCUAUAAUCAAAGUGGCAGCGAUUUGUGGUUCACUUCGCAAAGGUUCAUUCAAUCGUGCCCUUUUGCACUCGGCAAUUCAGCUGUCUAAAGAGUCUAUUGGAGGAUUGCAAAUAGAAUAUGUGGACAUCUCAUCCCUUCCUUUUCUCAACACUGAUCUAGAGGUUAAUGGAAGGUAUCCUCCUCCUGUUGAAGCCUUCCGUCAAAAUAUCUUUGAAGCUGAUAGUAUUCUCUUUGCUUCACCUGAGUACAAUUAUUCUCUUACCGGUCCUCUAAAGAAUGCAAUUGAUUGGGCAUCUCGACCACCAAACUUUUGGGCAAACAAGCCUGCUGCCAUUAUCAGUGCAGGAGGAAAUUUCGGCGGGGGAAGAUCUCAAUACCAUCUUCGUCAAGUUGGGGUUUAUCUUGACAUUCACUUCAUCAACAAGCCAGAACUAUUUGUUAAAGUUUAUGAGCCACCGGCAAAAUUUGAUAGCCAUGGGAAUCUAAUUGAUACUGAAACAAGAGAAAGAUUGAAGCAAGUGCUGUUAUCACUUCAGAGCUUCACUUACAAACAACAGAGUAGAAGUUGAAUAUGUCAUGAGUGUUAGAUGUUCAGUAUACGUAGUUAUAAUUUGUCAUUGUGAUUACUGGGGGAAUAUUCUGAUUGUAUUGGUCCUGAACUCAUAUGAAAGCAAAUUCAGUUGAUUAUACCUAGUGAAAAUAUUGGCGAGCCUGUCGAGUAGUUUUUUUUC